AUGCGGUUCCCAAGCCUUGCCCUUGUUGGUCUUCUGUCAAGCUCUGUGCUAGCUGUACCCAAGUUCAACAAACGGUCUGAUCCUGGGAACAGCGGGCAGCCCAUCAACAAUGAAAAUGGGAAAGGUGCUCCUCUACUAGGAGGAACUAAUAAACCGGUGGAUCUUCAGAACCCAGAUCAGCUGCGCACUCCAAGCACUGAUAAUGGCUUUGUCCCCAAUGUCAAAUGGAGUUUCUCCCAGUCUCAGACAAGGUUAUUUCCUGGCGGUUGGUCGCGUGAGCAAGUCAUUCAAGAUCUGCCACAAAGCCAUGAUAUCGCUGGUGCUCAACAGCAUCUGAAGAAGGGGGCCAUCCGUGAACUGCAUUGGCACAGAGUGGCUGAAUGGGGAUUUGUUUACAACGGAUCUCUACUUCUCACUGGGGUUGAUGAGAACGGAGGUUUCACCACCGAGAAGCUCGAGACCGGUGACAUUUGGUAUUUCCCCAAGGGGGUUGCCCACAAUGUCCAGGGCCUGGAUGACGAGAACGAGUACCUGCUUGCCUUCGAUGACGGUGACUUUGAGAAGAUCGGAACUACUUUCAUGGUCGAUGACUGGAUUGCUCACACCCCCAAGGAAGUCCUUGCGAAGAACUUCGGCGUCGAUGCCGAUGUCUUUGAUAAUGUUCCCACCAAGUUCCCGUAUAUUCUGAACGGUACCGUCAGCUCAGAUGCCAACACGGCGCCUGAGGGUACUCUGAAGGGGGACAGCUCUUAUGUCUACCACACGUAUAAGCACCCCUCAGAGCCCGUCCCUGGUCAUGGUGGGACUUUUCGCAAGGUAGACUCGACCAACUUCCCCAUCUCAAAGACUAUUGCGGCUGCCAUCGUCGAGCUUGAGCCCAAGGGUCUGCGUGAGCUUCACUGGCACCCAAACGCUGAGGAGUGGCUCUACUUCCACCAGGGCAAUGCACGGGCAACAGUCUUCAUCGGCGACUCGAAGGCCCGGACGUUUGACUUUACGGCCGGAGACACCGCUGUCUUCCCGGACAACAGCGGCCACUAUAUCGAGAAUACCUCCGAGACUGAAAAGUUGAUAUGGAUCGAGCUGUAUAAGAGCGACCGUGUGGCCGAUAUUUCGUUGGCUCAGUGGCUCGCGCUGACUCCGGCCGAUACUGUCGCGAACGUUUUGAAGGUGGAUAUCGACGUGAUCCACCACAUCAAGAAACAGAAGCAGCUCCUCGUUCCGGGUAAAUAA